AUGGGCAUCUUCGACGAGGUAUUCGGUCGAAAGAUCGAGGGCGAUGGCGGCGGGCUUUUUAGCGACAAGUACAAGGCCGAGCGCGACGUCAUCCACGACCCGCUUCCCGCCAGCGCGUACGUCGACGUCCUGAAGAAGAACGACGAGUUGCUCGAGCAGUUGGCCAAGAGCGGAAAGGGGAUGGCGCGGGAGGAGUUCAGCGACAGCGACGGCGAUUCCGACGGGUACUCCGACAAGGACGACAGCUCCGACAGCGACUCUGACAGCGAGCGGCCCGCUAAGAAACCCAAGAAGAAGGAACGGAGCAAGUACGAGGAGAUGGACGAAGCCUUCGCGGAGGCCAACGCGAUGAUGGCGGAGGGCGAACCCGACAAGCGCAAGAAAUCGGCGGCGGCGGCGGCGGAGGACACGAGUGACGACGAAUCGGGGUCCGAAGAGGACGACGAGUCCGAUUCCGAUGCGGGUUCGGACGAUGAGGACGAUGAGGGUGCAGGUGCGAGCUCCGACAGCGAUUCCCUCACCGAUGUCGAGGCUGAGCGCGCCGCGAGGAAGGCGGCCAGGGAUGAGGCCAAGGCGAAAAAGGCAGCGGCGAAGCAGGCCAAGGAGCAACAACCCGGAGAGGAGCACAGGCCGCAGGACGACGCCCUACCCCGCACAGUCUUCGUCGGCAACCUCCCGGUGACCAUCAAGCCGAAGAAACUCAAGACGCUGUUCUCCGAGUUCGGCGCCGUGGACAGCGUGCGACUGCGUAACGUCCCAGUCGACCCCGAGGGCAAGAUGCCGAGGGGCGGGAAAGUAAUCACCGGGAAGCUCGUCGAGAAUCGCAAGUCCACAAACGCCUACGUCGUCUUCAAGGAGGAGAAGUCCGUGGAAGCCGCGUGCAAGGGUAUGAACAUGCGGGAGGUUGAUGGGCGCCACGUCCGCGUCGAUCGCGCCGUCGCGCCGUCCGCCAAGGCUAACGAAACGAUCGCAAAGGAGAAGGGCGCAAACGCGGGGGGAGAAGUCGCGUACGACCACACUCGCUCCCUCUUCCUGGGUAACCUUCCUUACGACGUCGACGAGGAGGACGUCAUCCGGUUGUUCCACAGGAGCAAGGAGUACCCCGAGCUCAAUGGCGCUGUUGAAGCCGUUCGGGUGGUGCGGGAUCGCAAGACAAACCUGGGCAAGGGCAUCGCGUUUGUGCUCUUCCGCAAGGGUUCGGAUGCGAGGACGGGGCUGCUCUUGGACGGAACCAAGAUGGGUGAACGGGAGGUGAGGGUCACUCGCGCUUCUAAGAACAGGGAGGCGCUCAAGGCCCAGGCGGAGAAGAGCAAGAAGCGCAAGGCGGAUAAGGAGGCCAAGAAGGAGCCCCAGGGUGCCGCGCGCAGGCUGGGGCUGGACAAGGCGCCGGAUGCAAAGGGAUCCGCCGCCGCGUGGGAGGGAUCGAGGUCGAGGCCCGGCGGGAAGAGGCAGAAGAUCGCCUUCGGUGGUUACGACGCCGCCAUCGAGCGUGGGAAGGAUGGAAAGAAGGGGGCGGGGGGUAAGGGUGGAGGGAAGCCCGCGGCGAAGGGUGCGAGGACGGGUAAGCGACCGGCGGUGGCGGCGAGGAAAGCAAAGGCCAAAGCCCAGGCUGCUGCAGGCAAGAAGAAGUGA